GGCGAGACGGCCCCUCUCCGGCGUGCGGAUGACAGCACCGGGCGCUGCACCUACACUUUCACCGUGGCCAGCCCCGUCGAGGCCCGUUGCCCCGACGGCAGCGGCGUGCCGGAGCUGCGGGCCGAGCUGGCCGCCCUCGCCGCCCGCCUGAGCCGGCUGGAGGGGCGGGAGAGGGGCACGGGGGGCUCGGGGCCGCGGGGAGCCGAGGUCGGGGGGGUGCGGGACCCCCAACAAGCAGCCUCGGCCGCUCGCCUGGAGGCUGCCUACAGCGAGCUGCUGCGGGCCAAGACCCGGCUGGAGGAGGAGAAGGGGCGGCUGGAGCGGGAGAAAGAGGAGCUGGGGAGGCGGCUGGAGAGCAGCACCCAGGAGAUCGCCCGCCUGCGGGCCGCCCGCUGCCCCCCCCCCGGCAGAGAGGGGCCCGGCCGCGAUGCCCUGCGCGGCCCCGUCAAAGCCCCCCGCUGGGACCCCCAGCCCCUCGCCUACCAGGAGCUGCAGUCGGAGAGGACGGAGGUUCCUGCAUCCCGGCUGCUGGAGGAGACCGCGCUCAGCCGUCCGGGGAGCGAGGACUCGGGCUGCGGCGAGCUGGUGUGGGUGGGGGAGCCCGUCGUCUUCGGCCGGGCAGAGUCCAUCGCCGGCAAGUACGGCGUGUGGAUGAAGGACCCUGAGCCCGUGCCCCCCUUCACACGAGAGACCACCUGGCGCGUGGACACGGUGGGCACGGAGGUCCGGCAGCUCUUCCAGUAUGAAGCGGCCGAGCAGCUGGCCCGGGGCUACCCCGCCAAGGUGCACAUCCUGCCCCAACCCUUGGAGAGCACGGGGGCUGUCAUCUACCGUGGGGGGCUCUUCUUCCAGCCCCGCCGCUCCCGCACCGUGGCCCGCUACGACCUGCGGGGAGAGACGGUCACGGCUGAGAAGGAGAUCCCUGGCGCUGGCUACCACGGGCAGUACCCCUACUCCUGGGGGGGCUACACCGACAUCGACCUGGCGGUGGAUGAGACGGGGCUUUGGGUGAUCUACAGCACUGAGAAGGCCAGGGGGGCCAUUGUCCUCUCCAAGCUGGACCCCGACACACUGGAAAUCCAGCGGACCUGGGAGACCAACAUCCGCAAGCGGGGGGUGGCCAACUCCUUUGUCAUCUGCGGCACCCUCUACACUGUCAGCAGUUACUCGGCGCCCAAUGCCACCAUCAACUUUGCCUACGACACGGCCACCAGCACCAGCCGGCCCCUCAGCAUCCCCUUCGAGAACCGCUUCCGCUACCUCAGCAUGGUGGACUACAACCCCACCGAGCGGCAGCUCUUUGCCUGGGACAGCUUCAAUAUGGUCACCUACCCCGUCCGCCUCUCCCAGGCCUGAGAGGGGGCCACGGUGGCUCAGUCCCCACGACCCCCCUGUGUGCGUUGGCACCCCGCUUCGCUCCCCAGCUCCCCUUAGCACGGCCGGGAGCAGCGCCCCAGGCAACGGUGGGGGGCACACGCUGCCCAGCCGAGCCGUGGUGGGGCCCCCAAUCUCCUCGCUGGCACCUCCGGCAACAUCCUGUCACGCUCCAGUGCAGCAGAGGAAAAUUAAAUGCUUUUCUAGAUCCUGGUGGAGCCGGUGAAACGCUUCUCGCCAGCCUCAGUGGGUUUCGGGUGGGCCACAGCGGUACCCAGCCCUGAGCUGCUCCAGCAUCCUCUGGGAGCACACCCCAAAUUUGGAGAAGGGAGGGUUUGGGCACAGCAAAGGUCAGGUGGUGGAGAUAAGGAGAGGGUGCCCUGGAGGUUCCCACCUAAAAAUCAAUGCUUUCCCUGGCUGCAAGCAGUGACCCCCUUCCUGAGGCUGGGGUUUGUGUUUCCGGGCUCCAGCUGAGCACGAGCACUGCAACUGCCCCCCAGGCUUCCCCCAGCAGCAACAAUUUUUGGGGAGACCUCCUGUCUUGCGGAGAGGAGCAGUGUUCACCCACCACCAGCAGCCCUGCAGAGCUGAGCCCCAACAAGCCCUGCUGCAUCCCACGCUGCCAGUGCCCGGGGGUGACCCAGAGCUCAGCCGCCUCCAAAAAUCAUCCAGCAGGAUCAAAAGCAGCAGGGAAUACGGAUGCUCAUUGCACAAACCUUGUUUAAUUGGGGGAGGAAAAAAAAAAAAAGGAAAAGAAGCCAAGAGAGCAACGGCGAGGUGUGCUGGCAGAGCACCCCACAGCCAAGCAGCCCCUCGGUGUGCCCAGUCCCUCUCACCCCCACGCUUUGGCUUCACAGCCGUGCCCCACCACCGACUCGGUGGCAGCUCUGGCCCCACCUGCCUCACAGCGCUCCCCAAGCUGGUCCAAAACAUGCCCUUUUGACUAUUUAUUGUAAAAAGGCUGUAGGAGGCUUUCUUCUCCUUGCCCCCGACCCCGACCCCGGCAUUGGGGGCAGAUGGGGCAGCCAUAUCCACAUCCCCCCAGGGGAUGUGCAAGGUCCUGGCCCAAUAAACG